AUAGUGCUACUCUGAGGCUUACACUCAGAAGAUCGUAGACUCAUCCUUCCGCUGCGAUUGGGAGGGAGCGAGGUGCAUUCAAUCUUUCAAGAUGGCGCGGAGGUUGUUGGCGGCACUGGCAGCCAUUUCCAUAACCGUCUCUGUACUUUUCGGAGAUUCCGUUGACUGCUUCGACGGUGGCGGCAAAUCCGAACCACAGCCCACUCUCUGCGACGAGCUCAUUCUCCCCGCCGGUUACCCCUGCUCCGAAUACAUGAUUCAAACGAAGGAUGGUUUCUUGUUAGGUCUUCAGCGUGUGUCUUCUUCUUCAUCUUCUCUUCGUUUCGGGCAUGCAGGAGAGCGAGGCCCUCCGGUUCUGCUUCUGCAUGGCCUAUUCAUGGCAGGUGAUGCAUGGUUUCUAAAUACUCCUGAACAAUCAUUGGGCUUCAUCCUUGCAGAUCAAGGUUUUGAUGUAUGGGUAGGAAAUGUACGGGGAACACGCUGGAGCCAUGGCCAUAGGUCUUAUUCAGUGAAGAAUAAGAAAUUCUGGGAUUGGAGCUGGCAGGAAUUAGCCCUGUAUGAUAUGGCAGAAAUGAUCAAUUACAUAUAUUCAGUAACAAAUUCAAAGCUAUUCAUAGUUGGGCAUUCACAGGGAACAAUUAUAUCUUUUGCUGCCUUCACUCAACCGGAUAUAGUAGAAAAAGUUGAAGCUGCGGCCCUUCUUUCUCCAAUAUCAUAUUUGGAUCAUGCCACUGCACCUCUUGUGCUUAGAAUGGUUAGCAUGCACAUCGAUCAGAUGGUUCUUACCAUGGGUAUUCAUCAACUGAACUUCAAAAGUGAGUGGGGAACCAAUCUCUUGGUUUCCUUGUGUGAUACGCGUCUAAGCUGCGGUGACAUGCUUUCAUCCAUAACAGGGAAGAACUGUUGCUUCAAUGAUUCACGUGUGGCCUAUUAUCUCGAUCAAGAACCUCACCCGUCAUCUGCCAAAAACUUGAACCACCUUUUCCAGAUGAUCCGCGAAGGUACUUUCUCCAAGUAUGAUUAUGGAAAGUUAAAAAAUGUGAAAGUGUAUGGAAAGUUCAAACCACCAAAGUUCGAUCUUAGCCGCAUACCAAAAUCAUUGCCUUUGUGGAUGGCUUAUGGUGGAAAUGAUGCUUUAGCAGAUGUAACGGAUGUCAAGCACACUCUCCAGGAAUUGCCAUCCACACCGGAGCUGGUUUAUCUUGAAAACUAUGGCCAUGUUGACUUUAUUUUAAGCUUGCAAGCAAGACAAGAUCUAUAUGAUCCUAUGAUUAAUUUUUUCAAGUCAUCGGGCAAAUAUAGUAGCAUUUAAAAAUACAAUAUUAUAAUAUUUGCCGUUAUUACUUGCACCAUGUAAUAUAGUAACGGUUUAUUGAUCCGUGAAUCCCUCCACUUUCUCCCUAAAGUUAAUAUUCUGUGGAGCCCAUCUCUUGAUCUCCUUCCUGUAAAAAUUAUGAACCAUAGAGGAAAAGAUUCAAUGGCAAUGCAAGCACAUACCUUCUGUAAUCUCUAAAGCAUCUUUUAUAUGAUUAUUGUUAUUAUUAUUA